CGGGCGGCGUCGGCGGACUAUCCGGGUAUCGCCGCUGUCGUCGGGCACGGCCGUCGGCGACGGGCGAGCACGGGCCGCGGUUUCUGUGAUAAAGGAGGGGGACGCCCGCGUUAAGGUCCGCCAAGCGCCGCGCUCUACGGUAGACUCGUCGGCGGCGACUACGAGGAGGACGAGGACGACGACGGCGGCUGCGGUGGUGCCCGUAGUGUAGUACGAUCGCGCGCUAUGAAAAAAUGAUGUGAUCGACGGUCAUCAUGGCGGCACCCAUGCUAAAGUGGAAGCGGAUCGCGAAUCCGACCGGGCCCCAGCCUCGACCCAGGCACGGCCACCGGGCGGUCGCCAUCAAGGAUCUCAUGGUUGUUUUCGGCGGCGGCAACGAGGGCAUCGUCGACGAGCUGCACGUGUACAAUACAGCGACAAACCAAUGGUUCGUGCCAUCUACGAAGGGAGACAUUCCGCCGGGUUGCGCAGCGUAUGGCUUCGUGGUCGACGGCACGCGUAUCUUUGUCUUUGGUGGAAUGGUGGAGUACGGCAAGUAUUCUAACGAGCUGUACGAAUUGCAAGCGAGCCGGUGGGAAUGGAAGCGCCUGAGGCCGAAGCCACCCAAGCACGAUCCGCCGCCGUGCCCGCGGUUGGGGCACAGUUUCACCCUGAUUGGCAACAGGGUCUUCCUUUUCGGGGGCCUGGCGAACGAGAGUGACGACCCGAAGAGCAACAUACCGAGAUAUUUGAACGAUCUGUACACGCUCGAGCUCCUUCCUAAUGGCCAGACAGCCUGGGACGUGCCGCUAACGCACGGACACGCGCCACCUCCCAGGGAAUCCCACACCGGAGUGGCGUACACCGAUCGUACCACGGGCAAAUCCUGGCUGGUGAUCUAUGGUGGCAUGAGCGGUUGCCGUCUAGGUGAUCUGUGGUUCCUCGACGUCGACUCGAUGACCUGGAACAAGCCGGUGGUGCACGGACCCACCCCUUUACCCCGAUCGCUUCAUACUGCCACUUUAAUCGGUCAUCGAAUGUAUGUUUUCGGAGGGUGGGUGCCAUUGGUCGUCGAUGACGUCAAGGUCGCGACACACGAGAAAGAGUGGAAGUGCACGAGCACGCUAGCCUGCCUGAAUCUAGAAACUUUAACCUGGGAGCAACUUACCGUUGACUCCUUGGAAGAGAAUGUUCCUCGUGCUCGUGCUGGUCAUUGUGCGGUUGGAGUACACAGUAGACUCUACGUCUGGUCCGGCAGAGAUGGCUAUCGCAAAGCUUGGAACAACCAGGUGUGUUGCAAGGACCUGUGGUACCUCGAAGUCAGCAAGCCAGCGGCACCUUCCAGAGUUCAGUUAGUUCGGGCUUCCACGCAAACGUUGGAAGUCAGCUGGACUGCGAGCCCGUCCGCGCAAUAUUAUGUCCUUCAAAUACAGAAGUACGACAUGCCGCCGGUGGCGGCGACCGGCACCUUCUCCACAGCGAGCGUACCGACGCCGACUACACCCAUCGUCAGUACUCCGGUCGCGGUAACAACCUCUGCGAUGGUGACAUCCCCUACGACUGUACCUAUCACGUCUCCGCCUGUGACUACUGUCGCUGCUCUUCCUCCGACUACACCGCCUGUUGCCGCGGCCACCGUCGCCGCCGCCGCUGCCAGAACAUCUGUAGCGACAGCUGUGGCAACUCCGUUGCGAGUCCAAAGUGCGAGUCCCGUGCAGAAGCCAGUGCCGUCGCAGGCGGUGCAGAAGCCGACGAGUCCUAUGACCCCGAGAGUCGCGACCGGCAACGUUAUACGCAUCCGGUCUCCUCUGGUCACCACCACGACAGCAGUGGCUACAGCGACGGUUACAGUUGUCACCACCGAGCAGACUGCGACUGCCACUACUACGACUACAACUGUGGCCGGUCAGACGCCCGCUGCCAUGUCUGGAAUUGCGGCUUUGGCCGCGGCGGCGGCGGCCACCCCGAAGAUCACCAUGAACAAUGUCUCGAUCGUGCCACAGACCGCGGCUGCAACCGCUACCAACACCAUCAGAAUGAAGAACGUUCAGCCAGGUCAGCAGAUACGUUUCACCACGCCCGGCGCCACAGUGUUGCGCACCGCCUCGCCGCAGCCGAACAAGCAGAUCAUACUGCAAAAGCCUGGCCAAAAUAUACCCGGUCAGCCACAGUUCUUGCAUCUUCUGAAGACUGGACAAGGCAUGGUGGCCGCAGUGCCCAAGGUGAGCAUUAUUCCCAGCAAAAGCGUCCAGGCAACCGGCGCGAAGCCUCUCAACCAGGGCCCGACAAUACUGCGACUGGUGAAUCCUAACACGGUUGCUGGGUCGAAAAUCCUCACGACCAUGAAGACGUCCAACAUCGUGACGAUGAGCAAAGGGCAGAACAUUACGGGCAAGCAGACCAUAAUGCUCGCUAAGCCACCGGGAAACAGCGGAUUGGUUGGAAGGACCAAUCAAUACAUCGUUGUCACCACAGGCUCUGGUCUGAGAGCCGUGCAAGCUGUAACAACAUCGCAAGCUGGUGCAGGGCAAGGGGCUACUGUCGGCACUCCCGUAAAUGUCCUGCCGUUGUCGGCUACGAACCACGUCACGAAUCAGCAGGGUGUCAAGAUGAUCGUUGUUUCCUCUGGGGCUAUUUCUUCGGGCGGAACCGCUGGCAAGCCUUUGACCAUCACAGUCCCGGGGCAAGGCGGUGUACCAAAGACCGUGACUAUUGCUGCAAAGAGCGGUACGCAGGCCAUCUUCAAUACUGGCAAGAAUCAGCUUGUUACUGUGCCGCAGAUACAAAAGACGCCUGAAGCGGUAGCGGUAUCUGGAAAGCCAGUGACUUUGCAAAUGCCCGCGGGUAUAAGUGCAAAGACGGUGACCCUUUUGCCGACCAGUAGCAGUUCCAUAGUGACUACUAGCGCGUCAGAUUCAAUAGACGCUAGCAAAAUGCUGUUUGUUUCUUCGCAGAAGCAACCUUCAGCCUCCCUAGCGUCUACUUCCGACGGUCCUGCCACUACUGACGCUGCGUUAGCCGCAUUGGCGGCAGAGGCUGGUCUGAUAGAUCCGGUCCAGGAACCGUCUGGUAGUUUAUCAUUCAUGGUGGCUACGGAUGACGGUACUGGCGGCGACGAUAAAAUGGAAGAUAGCUGUAAUGGUAACGAGGCGACUACAGCGGCUACCUUAGUUUCUCAAAUAGGUGCAGGAGAACCGAUGCAAGUGGACGGCGAUGGAAACUUUGUACUACCGCAAGUAGACGGUCCGAUAGACGAUCUGUUACUGGAAGGUGAAGAAAAAAUGGACGUAGAUGAGGAACCAGCUUCAGGAAAUGCCGCCGAAUCGGCCGGCAAUGAAUCUGCGACGACGGAACAAAACGUUAGUGCAUCUGAAAAUAUUGAGGCGAAUGUAUCGAUUGUGGUAAAAGAGGAGAUUGACAUAAAGAGCGACGAAGCGACGACAGCCGAGCUUCCCGAAUCGAGCACCACCAGUCAAACCAAGAAAGCUGCAGAUGUUGAUAAUCCACCAGUCGAGGACAAAGUAUCGAAGAAAACUGACGAUAACGAUGCAGAGUUACCAAGUGAAAAGGAAACGGAUCCAAUAGUCAAUGACGUAAAAGUAAAAUCCGAAUCUCCUUCAGAACAACCGUCUGCGGAGGGUUCUGAACAGACGCCUCCAGCGGACGCCGCGAAUCCGGCAAUGGAAGUCGACGGAACUCAGCAAGAUGAGGGCAGCUUAGAAGUAAAAAAUGUAAAGAAUCAAUCGUCUCCUGAGAAAGAAAAGCCGCCAGCUUUGGAAGACUUUCUUACCGAGGAUAAGGAUGCGUCGCAGCCUCCCGAAGAGGAUACUCAGAAAAUUGAAAAGAUUAAAGAUGAAAUCGCGGAACUAGAAACUGAUCUUCCAACCGAGAGUUCUCCUGCAAAAUCAAGCACCGAUGAACCGAUAAUCGCCGAUGACAGUACAUCGACCCCGACAGACAACGUAACGGCCCCUGCUGUUACACCGAGCCUCCCAAUGAAAUUGGAGUCAACGAACGACGAACCUGCGGAACAGGACAAGUUGCCCGAUUUGCCCGUGUCCUCGAUCAAUGGUGUUGCCGCACCUCUCGAGAAAGAAAUGGAGAAAAUACAUACUCCCGUAAAAAUGGAGAUAAAAGACGACCUCGCUGUUCAAAAGAGAGAAAAUCAGAAACAGGACAAAACCAAUGACGCCAGAUCAGAAACUGGAGACGAUUCUACAGCGCUGACAACGUUGGCUACUGCUGCUUUAGGGUCGGCAGAGCCAGUGAUAAAGGUUAAAAACGAACAGAGCGAAGAGGAGAAGAAAGAGGCAGAGUGGUACGAUGUGGGAGUGAUAAAGGGAACUAGUUUUACUGUUCAACAUUAUUAUCUUCCUGGUGAUGAGCCAUUAGAUAUAACGCAAUCUUUGACAAUGGAUGUUUUUAAAGGACGAGCUAAAGUAGCGUUAGAACCCGGUACUGCCUACAAGUUUAGAGUUUCCGCUGUGAAUAGUUGUGGACGAAGUGCCUGGAGCGAGGUAGCGGCAUUCAAGACGUGUCUUCCGGGAUACCCGGGUGCACCGAGCGCUAUAAAGAUAUCAAAAUCCGUGGACGGCGCACAAAUCUCUUGGGAACCGCCGCCUAGCAACGUUGGGCCCAUUCUCGAGUAUUCCGUCUAUCUGGCAGUGCGUAGUACCGCGGUGAACAAUGACGGAGAACCAAAAACAGUUGUGUCGAGUCCAAAUCAGUUAGCUUUUAUUAGAGUUUAUUGCGGUUCGAGUAAUUCUUGUUCGGUGAACAAUAGUGCCCUUAACGCCGCUCACGUGGACACCACUACGAAACCGGCCAUAAUCUUUAGAAUAGCAGCACGAAACGACAAGGGAUACGGACCAGCCACUCAAGUCAGGUGGUUGCAAGCAGAUCCAACUACCGCAGUGAAAAGUAAUCCGCAAGCGAAGAGACCCGCCAACACAGACCUACGCUCGCAAGUGACUUCCCCGCAGAAGAAAAUGAAAAUGGAACCAGCUAGUGAUAAUUUCUCGUGAGCCUGUUCUCUCCCUGGCCUCGUACAGCCGAAACUCCCACGAGCAACGCUACUCAUUAUUUAAUUUCUAUAUGCCUAACAACGAUAAUGAAAUCAAUGUAUUACCAGCUAAACGACGUGAUAUAUAAGUAAACGAAAGAUAUGAACGUACGAUAAGAAAUGAGAGAGAAAGCGGAAGAGAAUGAAAGAGUUAAGUAUCCGUAGACUUAGUCUAUGCGUAAAGAUUUGGGAAGGAAAGUAUUUUUAGUGUUCAGUACGAGCGCGCGGGUACGUCAACGUCUUUCUUACUCGCUGUCAUCCUAGUUUUGUCGUAAAAGUGCGCGAUAAUCUUUGUAAAGGCAUAAGUACCGUUAAAUGGCGACAUGGUUAUUUUUUUGGAGUUAAGUAAGUUUUUCCAUGUUUAUAGCGUUUUCUAACGGACGGUACGACAUAUCGCAUGCAAACGCUCAUACCUGCAUCACGGUAAAGUCCACGGUUGGCACGUUCGCGCUUUCAUGAUUUUCUCGUUAUCUGACAACCGUUGAAUUCGAUGUAAAAGGUGAUGUAUGAAAAUGAAUAACUGAACAGCAUUCAUAUUCAACAUUUUAAUUAAUUGUGUAAACAAUUAUAUACAUAUAUAUAUAUUUUCGACGAAAAUCUAUUUUAAACAUCUAAAUUCUUUAUAAUAUAUUUAUCAUUGAUAGGAUAUCUGCAAUUCUUUUUGCAUUCAUCACACUGUGUGCAGAAAAAAUUCGCUUUUGAGAUAUACGUUAUUUAGUGUACAUAAAAUUCUUGCACUGAUAAAAAAAA